CGAUAUUUGAACAUCCCUACUACUUUGUCAAUGUCAAUUUGGUUUUGAUUGUUCUCGCUUGGUCUGUUUCGAUAUUAAUUCUGAAUGUAUGCCUUUAUUUAGCUAGGAAUCAUAAUUAUUUUUCGCCAAAAUGAUGGCUGGAAAAGGUAUCCUAAAUUAUGUUCAUAAUUACUCUAUCGUUCAAUUUUCUUACUCUAUUUUUUGUCGAAGCUAACACUGGUGCUCUUGUUUCUUUUGCAGUAUUACCAGAAACUGAAGAGCAGAAUAGAAGAAGAUUUCAAAUGGAACUAGAAUUUGUACAAUGCUUGGCUAAUCCUAAUUAUAUACAUUUUUUAGCUCAGAGGGGAUAUCUUAAGGAACAAACUUUUGUAAAUUAUAUAAGAUAUCUACAAUAUUGGCGAGAACCUGAAUAUGCUCGAUAUUUAAAAUAUCCCAUGUGCCUACACUUUUUAGAGCUAUUACAGCAUGAGGCAUUCAGAAGAGAAUGUGUCUCAGCACAGGUGUGUAAAUUCAUGGACGACCAAGCUAUAUUGUUAUGGCAACAUUAUACGAGGCGGCGAACACGCACCCUUCAGCCACCAGAUGCACCACAGCCUCCAGCACCACCUGCACCUCCCACACAAGGACCUCCUAGGCAGCAGUCAUAGAUUCUAUUUAAAAUCAAUUUCAUUUAUAUCACAUCAUCACUACAUAUUUUGGUUAGGGUCAGAUUAACCUUAAAGCAGGGUAGGCAACUGUCUGGGUGUCCUACAUGUACGUGCAGCCCUCUGUGCCCAAGUAAAAAAAAUC